AUGGGUACAGCAAAAGAUAAAAAAAAGAAAUUAGCAAAAAAAGAAAAACAAAAACAUAGUAAUUUAGUCGAAAAUAAUAGUAGUGGUGGGAAAAAACAAAAAAAUAAAGCACAAGAAAAUGUUGGUAAUACUAAAAACAAUAAUAAUAAUAAUAAUAACAAUAAAGAUCAAGUUAAAAUUACAAUUUCAGAAGAUGGCGAAACAAUUGUAUUAAAAAGGAUAAAUGAUUCAUUUAUUUGUACAAAUUGUUUAGAUUCAUUUAAUAUGAGUGUAAAUAAAAAAGGUGUUUCAACAUAUUCAACAGGUAAAACUAUUUCACAUGAAUGUUCAUCAUGUGGUAUUAAAGAAAUUUCAGAGAAAACUAAAACUACAAAUGGUACUAAAAAUAAAAUUAUUAGUAAUGAUGAAAAUAAUAAUAAUAAUGAGGAUGAUGAUGAAUUUUCAUCAAAUAAAGAUAUUAUAAUUGGUGAUGGUAUUAAAGGUUUAGAUAAUUUAGGUAAUACAUGUUUCUUUAAUUCAAUCAUGCAAAAUUUAACUCAUUUAAAUAUAUUAAGAGAUUUAUUCCUUAGAGAACCAGGUUCAACAAAUAGUAAAAUUCAUUCAUCUGGUCCUUUAACAAUGGAAAUGUAUUAUUUUUUUAAUAAAAUGUAUAAAUCAAAACAACCACGUAUAUCACCAUCUGGUUUAUUCUCUGAAAUUGCAAGAAAGUCACCUAGAUUUAGAGGAUUUAAACAACAAGAUUCACAUGAAUUAUUAAGAUAUUUAUUAGAUGGAUUAAUAACUGAAGAACAAAAUGUGACAAAGAGAAGAAAAGAUCCAACUUAUAUUGAUAAAGUAUUUGGUGGUCAAUUGAUUAGUAUUAUUGUCUGUUUUCGUUGUGGUUAUCAUUCAAAAACUUAUGAACCAUUUUUAGAUUUAUCAUUACCUAUUCCAAGUGGAAAUGAACAAUCUUUAAGUGGUAAACAAAAAGGUUCAUUCGUAAUGCCAAGAAUUGCAACACCACCUCAACAAUCGUUAUUAAAAAAAGCAAAUACAAAUACAAUUAAUGAAAUAUUAAAAGCACAUGAAAAUUCUAUAAAUUCAACUUCAACUUCAACUACAAAUUCAUUAAAUUCUUCACCAGUUGUAAUUCCAUCAAACUCUUCAACUAGUUCAACUUUAUCACCAAUUUCAUCAUCAUCUACAACCACUACCACAACUAGAAUUUCAAAGAAUAAAAAGAAAAAACUUGCAAGUCAACAAAGAAAAAAAGAAGAAGAAGCUACCAAUGCUAAUAAUAACAAUAACAAUAACAAUAACAAUAUCAAUGGUGAUGGUAAUGAUGAUGAUGAUGAUGAUAAAACAUCAUUAGACGAUAUAGCUAUAGUUAACUCAUCAGUUACUACUGAUGAUAGUGAUGAUAAAAUGAUAGGAUCACCAUUAUUCAAUUCUAUAGACGGUAGUGAAUCAAUUGAAUCAACAGCUGCUUCUGCUGCUGCUGAUACUCAAUUGAAUGGUGCUGCUAUUGAUGAUGAUGAUGAUGUUAAUGAUGAUAAUAAUAAUAAUAAUAAUAAUAAUAAUAAUAAUAAUAAUAAUAAUAAUAAUAAUAAUAAUAAUAAUAAUAAUAAUAAUAAUAAUAAUAAUAAUAAUAAUAAUAAUAAUAAUAAUAAUAAUAAUAAUAAUAAUAAUAAUAAUAAUAAUAAUGGUGGUAUAGAAGCUAUUGAUGAUAGUAAAUUAUUAAUUGUAGAUGUAGAUAUGGAUAAAAAUACAAAGAGAGAAUUAUUAAAAGAACAGCAGCAACAACAAGGUUAUGAAUCAUUAGCAAUGGGAACAACAGAUGAAAGAAAAGAACCAACAAUUAUUAAUAUUAGUGAUGACGAUGAAGAUUUAGAUUUACCACAACCAAUAACACCACCUCAAAGUCAAACUAUUGAAGUUACAACCAUUGAUGAACAUAGUGAAAAUAUUGAAAAGGAAAUUGUAACCUCUCCAAUUGAUUCAACUCCAACAAUAACUCCAAUUCAAUCUGGUGAUCUUUGUUUAUCUUUUAUUGAUAAUUAUGAAUCUAAAAAAUUAAUAGAUAAUUCAAAUUUAAAUAUAAAUACAACAUUACCAACAUUAUCAAAUCAUGAUGAUAAUAAUACACCAAUUUUAGCAACAACGACAACAACGACAACGACAACACCAUCAUCAACUCAAAUUCAAAGUGGCUGCAGUAGUAGUAGUGGACAUCAACGUUCAGUUAGUGAAUUAGAGAAAAGCUUUGAAUCUAUAAAAAUUAGUGAUGAUAUUGAAGAAUAUGAUGGUGAUGACGGUGAUGAUGAUAAAUUAAAUAAAAAAGAUUUAUAUGUAGAAGCAAUUGAUUUAAGAAAAGAUAUACCAUCAGAAGCAUUUAAUGCAAAUACAUUGCUAUCUUGUUUACUUCAAUUUACAAAUCCAGAGAAACUAUUUGGCGAAAAUGGUUUCACUUGUUCAAAUUGUAAAAAGAUUUAUUUAGAAUAUCAAGAUAAAUUAAAAGAGAAAUUAGAAAAAGAAAAACUACAACAACAAAUUGAUGAUGAUAAUCAAUCAAUGAAAUUACAAUCAAUUGAAAUUGAUGAUAGUGAAAAAGAUAUUAAUAUUAAAUUAUCAAAUUCAACCGAUACUACCACCACUACCACUACCACUACCACCACAACCACUUCUACUACGAUUGAAAAAGAAAAUCAAGAAGAAAUACUUGAUUCAAAACCAAUUGAUAAAAAGAAUAAAAAGAGACAACAAAAAGAUAAAAAGAGUAAUAAAAAAGAUGAAAUUGAUGAUAGUGAAAAAUUCAGAAGAAAUGCAAGUAAACAAUACCUUUUAUCUUCAACUCCACCAUAUUUAACAAUUCAAUUAAAGAGAUUCAUGCAAACUAGAUUAGGUUUUCAAAAGAAUUCAAAAAGAAUUGAUUUCCCUUCUUUCUUAGAUUUAACUCCAUUCACUGAUCAAUCUCAAUCAAUUAAAAAUAAUAAUAAUAAUAAUAAUAAUAAUAAAAAUAAUAAAAAUGAUAAAAAUGAUGAAAAUAAUAAAAAUGGUGAAAAUGAUGAAAACGAUGAUGAAGAUGAAGAUGGAGCAGAUAUUGAUAAAAAAGAUGAAAAUAAUGAUGAUAAUAAUAAUAAUAACAAUAGUAAUAGUAAUGAAGAAAUUGAUAAUGAUAAUGAUGAAAAUGAAAAUAUAUAUAUAAAUCAUUCAAAGAGUAAUCAUAAAUAUAAAUUGAAUGGUAUAGUUGAACAUAUGGGUAGUAUGGGUAGUGGUCAUUAUGUUGCAUAUAUUUAUGAUGAUUUCAAUGAUCAAUGGUAUUAUAUUAGUGAUAGUGUUGUUAGAUCAAGUAGUUUAUCAACUGUAACCUCAAAUGAACCCUAUUUACUAUUCUAUAGAAAAGAAGGUAUUAAAACAAGUGAUAUUUUUAAUUCAAUUAAAAGAUUUAUAUUAGAAAAUAAUAAUAAUAAUAAUAAUAAUAAUAAUAAUAAUAAUAAUAAUAGCGAUAAUAACAAAAAUAAUAAUGAUAAAAAAGAAAAAGAAAAAGAAGAAAUUAAAGUUGAAAAAAUUGAUAAAAAGGAUGUUCCAUUAGUGGUUGGAAAAGUGGAAAAUAUUAAUAAUAAUCAUCAAUCAUCUGUCGAGGAAAUUAAUCAAAUUAAUAAUGAAAAUCAGGAAAUCAAUAACAAUAAUAAUAAAAAAGAAGAAAAAGAAGAAAAAGAAGAAUCAAUUAUUAUAAAUAAUACCAAUAGUAAUAUGUAUAGUUCUUUAUUUGAAGUCGAUGAUAAUUAUGCCGACUAA